CCAGUUCGCGUCUGGAAGUUGACUGCCAUGCGAACAGGAGUAUCUUGCUGGUCCUGGCUCCUGUCUGAGCGACCCGACAUGGAAACUCGCGUCAUGCAUGCUAUGUACGGCGCUUGGGUGUGGUCCAUUGAGCAAGGCAUUGGCCUUUUUUCACCCGAGCACGGGACAGAGCAAGGAGCUGAGGCCGUUUACAAGCCAGAUGCCAAGCCGGCUCCUAGCCUUUCUCGUGCCCCAAAUGUUUGGAUUGCCUUUUUGGAGGAGCGCUUCCGCAUCGUGCGCAAGCGCAGCAUGUCUCAGUCUCAGCUGAUUGGAAAUAUGGUGCUGGUUGCUUUACGAGCGGCUCGCAGUAUGAACCGUCACUUCACGGCGGUUGCGGUCAAAUUCAAUCUUUUCAACCUGGCACUCACCCUGUUGCAUGGCCUGGGAGACAUGGCCUCGGGGUUGCGUGUGAUACUGCGCCAACAACUAUUCUAUGCACUACUUUGCUACAUGGCGCAUGCUCCACGCAUCCCCUGCAAGCCCGAUCUCACAGAUGAAUUGGAGUCGUUGGGCCGCUUCUACGUUUCUUUGCAAAAGGACCGCCAGCUUUGCAAGCAGCUUGAGCUGACUCUGCGGACCCACAGGCAAAGUAAGCUCGCACAUUUACUCUUGAGCCAUGAGGUGCCUCUAACCAUUGUCGCCUCUUUUCUUUGUUUCUUUGCGAUCCAAGGCCAUUUGCGAUUUGUGCGAGCCUGCGACUUGAUGCUUGUCUUGACGCGGCACGAAGCGGAUCGAUUGGUUGCAUGGCACGACGCUGCUGCCACAGGUCGCGACACCACCGUGGCAUACCUGAGUGAAAUGAAGGCAUUCAGCAAGCCCUCACAGCGUCCCUCCGAUCGCACCUGGAAGGAGUACUUUGACGUCGCCCUUGCCACACUGCCCGAAAGUAUCGUGUUUCUCGCGCGCCGAUUCAACAACGUGGAGCACCUGCAACGCCUCGUUAGCCAGGAGGUUCUUCGGCGGCCUGUCAUUUAUGCUGGAAUUCCAGAGGCGCUGAAAUAUCUCCUCAACAAUUAUAGUCAGGAUGCAGCCGCAACUGCACGCGCCAUCCUGUCUUGGACGCCUGUUGCGCCUGUGACUGCUCUUUCACUUUUGCGCUUGUAUCCAGAAGCAGACCACAUCGUCCUCUACGCACUCCGCGUUCUAAACAGCUUCAAGCCCGACGUCAUUCUGUUUUACAUUCCACAGAUUGUACAAGCACUGCGCUGCGACCGGAAAGGAUACAUCAGAGAUUACAUGCUUCGCGCUGCUCAUCACUCAAAUUUGCUGGCACAUCAAAUGAUCUGGAACAUGAAAACCAACGUUUACAAAGAUGAUGAGGCUGAGCACCGCGAUGAGAUCAUCGGUGAUAUGUUGGAGGAAAUGAUCAAAGCUAUUCAGGCGCAGAUGAGUGAUGCUGGCCAGCAGUUUUAUGAGCGUGAGUUUGACUUUUUUGAUCAAGUCACUGACGUCUCAGGAAGAAUUCGUGAUAAGCCUCUUGGCCCAAAGCGCAAAGCAGCUUGUUUGGAAGAACUGGCCAAGGUGCACUUGCAGGAUGGGUGCUAUUUGCCCGCCAUUCCAGAGGGUGUCGUUGUCGGAAUUGACUACAACUCAGGGCAUCCCAUGCAGAGUGCGGCCAAAGCGCCAUACCUGGCCACUUUUGAUGUCAUCGACUGUACCCUUAGCGAGAUGGAGGACUACGAAGCAUCACGCGAACAGCUUGAAAAGCGCAAGUCACAUCGCCUCUCGUGCAUUUUCAAAGUGGGCGACGAUGUACGCCAAGAUAUGCUCGCUUUGCAGAUUAUGCGCCUCUUCAAGCAGGUGUUUGCUGAAAUUCAGCUCGACGUAGCGCUGUUUCCAUACCGGGUUGUGGCCACGGCUCCUGGGUGUGGUGUGAUCGAGUGCGUUCCCAAUGCCAAGAGUCGAGAUCAGCUCGGUCGUGCGACCAACGCCAAUCUGCACCAAUACUUUCUGCAGCACUACGGCAACGAAGACACUGUUGCCUUUCAAUCGGCGCGACGAAACUUUAUUCGCAGCAUGGCGGCAUACAGCAUCAUUGGGUUUUUGCUCCAGAUCAAAGAUCGUCACAACGGCAAUAUCAUGGUCGAUGACGCUGGUCAUUUGAUUCACAUUGACUUUGGCUUCAUGUUUGAGUCAUCUCCUGGUGGCAACAUUGGAUUUGAGCCUGAUCUCAAGUUGACGCGCGAGAUGGCCGACAUUAUGGGCGGCGAUCGUGCUGCUGAGCCAUUCAAAUGGUUCCUUGAGCUUUGCGUUCGCUGCUAUCUCGCCGUUCGGCCGAUGACGGAGCAAAUCAUCUCGCUUGUCGAGCUCAUGCUGGACACUGGACUCCCGUGCUUCCGAACCAACAAAAUUUUGCAACAUCUCCGAGCUCGCUUCCAGCCACAAAUGUCUGAUGCCGAAGCAGCUAUUUUCAUUCGUGAUCGCAUUUACCACUCCUACCUGAACACGCGCACCUACCUCUACGACGUUCUCCAGGCGAAACAAAAUUCCAUUGCCUAUUAG